UUUUACAUUUAAUUUUUAGUUUAUACUAGUCGAUUUAGUGAAAGAAGCAAUGCUGGAAAAAGUGAAUAAUUCAAAAAAAGGGUAUAUUAUUGUCGAUUUUCCAAGAAGUAGUAAGCAAGCAAGUCUUUUCGUAAAAGAAGUGGGACAUGUUGAUUUCAUUAUUUAUUUGUACGCAACGACUGAUAUUCUAAUUAAAAGAGUAAUAGAAAGGCCUGGACCGGAGGAAACAGAAAAAUUCAUAAAAGAAACGCAAAACAAAUUAAAGGAGAUUCGAGAAGCACUUAACAAAUACAAUUACAAAAUUGAAAAGAUAUAUACAGAUGGAGAACCAGCAGAAGUAUCGGCAAAUAUACAAGCAAUGUUAAUAGAAAGAUUAAAAUCAAAAGCCGAAGAAUCGGCUAGUUUGGACACUAAAAGUGGAUCAGCACACACUAGUCCGUUUACUGCAAAAAAAGUUACUUCUAUUUGAAUAUUAAGAAACAGUAUGAUGUGUGUGUUUGUUGUUUUCUAAAUAAAUAAAAUUGAAGGAAACGAUGA